GGGAAGGGCAUGUUGACAACAGAGAAACAGAACUUCCUACUUUUUGACAUGACCACACAUCCCCUCACCAACAACAAUAUUAAGCAGCGCCUCAUCAAGAAGGUUCAGGAAGCUGUUCUUGACAAAUGGGUGAAUGACCCUCACCGCAUGGACAAGCGCUUGCUGGCCCUCAUUUACGUAGCACACGCCCUCCGACGUCCUGGAGAAUGCUUUUGCUGCCCUUUGGACAAGCAGUAUGAUUUAGCCACCAAGAGAGUGCGGCAGCUCCUAGACUUAGAUCCUGAAGUGGAAUGUCUGAAGGCCAACACCAGUGAGGUCCCGUGGGCAGUGGUGGCCACGUUCACCCAGUGA